UAUUGUAUAGAUAUGCCCAUUUGUCCAUUCAUCAUUCAGUACUUGGAGUUUUAAAUAUAUGUUCCCAUUUUUAAUUCAAAUAUAUGCUUUAAAAAGUUCUGUGUAACCUUAAGCAUGUAUCUGCUGGCCAGGUAAGUCAGAGGGCCAAUGGUAUGAGACUGCUGUCUUAUGACCCACUGUUACAUGUUUUCCCAUAUAAUCCUCACGUCAGGAACUUGGGGUUUGGGAUGGUAAAAGGACAUGCAUAGGAAAAGGCCUGCAGUGCAGCUUCCACUCCGUAUCGCCAGAAGCUUUUCUCCCCCAAACCAAAACCUCAGGGGAAAGGGCUUGGUUUUAGAAUGAGCGGAAGACAAACAUCUAGCUCAUGGCUGUGUCCUUGAACUUCCCUGGGACUCAGUUUCCCUCCAUGUAAAAUGACUGAUGUUGGGUUAGUUGAUCUCCAAGGCACUGGGCUUGCUAACGGGGUCAUUCUUUUUCCCCAGCAUCCACCUGGGCACGAAUUGGCUCUGGUCAAGAUAAUUUAGCUGCAGCUGAACAUAAGGUUGAGGCCCCUGGCUUAUCCUGGUAAUUGCAGAUUCGUGCGGAGCUGUCGUAAGGCACCACGGGGAAGAAACCAGCCCAGAAGUCCUCCUUGUCGCUGGCCAGUCCAUUUUACCUGCCAGGGUCAUUUGUGAGGUGGCAGCACCUGGGCUGAGCCUGAGACUUACAUCAGGAGUGACUUAAAUUCAACUCGUGGUUCUCGAACAGAAACCCCAGCGUGGGCUCCCUGACCUUAUUUAUGGCGAGGGCAACUUAUCACUAGGAGGAAAGAUCUAAGAGCCCCUGUUGAAAUGCUGAUAAAUAAUCAUCGAGCUUUUACUGCGCCGAAAGCUCUUUCAUAAGCAAGGUCGGAUGUCUCUAGUGGUCACCCCAGGCACCUUUCCUCCCACCCUCGUUUUCCAAAAGGACGAAGGAUAGGGAAGCGACGUCCUAGCUCGCGUAUUUAAACCGGGCAGAGGGUCAGCAGAGGUCCGCGUUUCUCAACUCUUUCCAAGAGCGCCUCGCGUCCCGAAUCGGCGCCUUCAACUCGGAGAAGUCGGGAGCCCCACAGGAAACUUCCAUUACUGCAGACGCUGCCACACACCCGGGGCAGCGGAUGGGCUGCCGCGCUGGCUCCCCAGGAAUGCGCUCCCUCCACGGCCGGCCGCCCCGCCGGCCCGCCCUCUCCCGGGGAGCCCCCGGCACCUGCGGCCUCCGAAACCAUGUCGGGCAGGUCGGUUCGAGCCGAGACCAGGAGCCGGGCCAAAGAUGAUAUCAAGAGGGUCAUGGCGGCUAUCGAGAAAGUGCGCAAAUGGGAGAAGAAGUGGGUGACUGUGGGUGACACAUCCCUGCGAAUCUACAAGUGGGUCCCUGUGACGGAGCCAAAGGUUGACGAUAAAAACAAGAACAAGAAAAAGGGCAAAGAUGAGAAGUGUGGCUCAGAGGUGACCACCCCGGAGAACAGCUCCUCCCCGGGAAUGAUGGACAUGCACGGUGAGCUCCCCCGCAGCCAGCCAGCCAGCCGGGCCCCUCUCCUGCCCGCAGCACUUGGUUGUGUUUUUGUUUUACCAGCAGAUGAUAACAGCAACCAGAGCUCCAUUGCAGACGCCUCCCCCAUCAAACAGGAGAACAGCAGCAACUCCAGCCCCGCCCCUGAGCCCACCUCGGCCGCGCCCGGUGACGGCACCGAUGCCAAGGCGGAUGAGACCCAGGCCGACGGGAAGGAGCUCCCCGGGGCCGAAGAUGCUUCUGACGAGCAGAAUUCACAGUCUUCAAUGGAAAACUCGAUGAACAGUUCAGAGCAAGUAGAACGGCAGCCAUCUGGAGAUGUGGGUCUGGCCGCAGAGACAUCCACAAUCUCUCAGGUACCUCGGUCGAGGUCUCAGAGGGGCAGCCAGAUCGGCCAGGAGCCCGCUGGGGUGUCGGGGGACCUGGAAGGAGUGCCACCCUCCAAAAAGAUGAAACUGGAGGCGUCGCAACAAAACUCCGAGGAGAUGUAGACACCGAGAUCAGUCCUCUGAUCCACUUCUCACGGGAGAUGCAUCAGCAGGCCUAAUUCUAGAACAACCUCACCCGAGCGGAUCCCUGUUGGGUGCGAAGGGAACUACUAACUUUUCAAGUUUACCAAGUGCAAAUCCAAGAAAACCUAGAAUGGCGUAACUUCUCAGACACUGAAGAACUUCUUGCUGUGAAGCAAAACACUCGAAUCUUGAAGUGACUGUCCUGGGGAAGGCGGGGUCGACAGCUCAGGAGCAUCUGCACACUGUCUCUGAAGCCAAGAUUACAUUUGUGUUGCUGCUGUAUUUUUUUUUUUUUUUCCAUUUCUCUAUUUAAGGAUGUAAGCUAUCUGAGGGUGGUACCGAUCAGGAAUUCGCUUUUUCAUCGGGGCUUUUCACUGUUCAACUGAUUCCUUCCACUUUCUUUUUUUGUGCCUUGUGCCCUUGAGGUGACCUCUGGCAUGUUUUCCUGGUUGUUUUGCAUCUCCCCUUGCAAGUGCCCUCUUGGUUCAGUUCAGGCAGCCAUUGCCCCGGUCCUCACAUCUCUCCCCUCCCUGCCCCAGGACUUCAGCUGGAGCGGACCAGGCAGGGACAAGGAGAGCCCGAGGCUGCAGAAGAGCAGGACCUCCCCGGCAGCCUGACUUCCCGGUCCAGGGGGCUGAGGGACACACCCUGAGCCCCAGUGGGGGACAGCACCAGCCUCCAGGGUCCGAGGAGUCUCCGAUGUCUGGGCACCGUCCCUAAGGGCUUCCGCAGAGCCCUUCGAUUGUCCUGGCACCUCCCCCUCUGCUGCCACCACACCGCGUCCUCCCGCACCUCCGAGGACGGACUGGCUUCUGCCGCUGACUGCAGGGGUGUCUCCUUAAGACGAUAAAGGGGUGGAGGAGGCUGGGAGCAGACGGGAGGAAUAGCUGGUGCUGAACUUUCUCUCAUAGGACGUUGCUUGGAUUUCAAAUCCACAGUCACCUGCUGCCCUCUGCUCGCCGCCCUCCCCCCCAGCUCCACCCGUCCCCACCUGCAGAGGAGGCGAGGUUGCAGUCGGCCAAAAUCCAAAAUCCGCUUGCUUCUACAUACCGUUCCGACUCCCAGAGCCAACAGUUGGAUCGUGUCUCAUUCCCGGAUGCGCCGACGCUCCCAGACGCUGCCACGGGGGAGCGGGCCUUGAGGGUUGGACCUCGAAGGCCAGAAACGAGGCACGGAGGACCUGGAGAGCUUUGCGCUCCUCCAGAAAGGGGCAGCCGGGUCCCUCCCCCGCCUCCAUCCCCUGCCUGCACUGGGACAGCUUCAUCUCACUAAAAUGGAGAUGCCCCCCCCCCCCUUGGACAAACUGCCUAAUUGUUGGGUUCUGAGGCCUGGUGUGCUCUUAAUUCCUACACGGACUCCUCAGACCUUAACCCUUUCCCUGAGCUUUCUUUACUGCACUGGAGUUCCAACUCCCUUUGAGUUGUAUGGCGGGGAGGGAGGGUUCGGGGGUUUGUUGGUGGUUUUAUUCUUUUUUUCUGUUUGUUUGUUUGUUUUUGUUUUGGCUAAUUGGUGCAUAUUCAGGUACCACCUUGUUCCCAUGUGGAUUUCUCUCCUGACCACCGUGGAGAGCGUCUGCCAGAUUCCAUUUCUAAGAGUGUCUGAGGGUGAGGCUCUUGUUUGUUUUUUAAGGGAGCCAAUCUAUUUCCUGCACUUCAAGAAGAAUCAAAAUGUUCCUGAAUUUCAAAUACCUCAUGCAAAAAUGUCUCCUGAAACAAGGGAAGAAAAAAAAAAAAAAACGAACUUUGAAAAUCUUAAUGUUGAAGUUAGCGAUGCCGAAAGGUUUCUGUCUUAAAAAAAAAAAAAUCCUUAUCAAUUUUGCCCCUCAGGCAGGCAGUUCUGCGGAGAACUGUGUCCUGCGUUACCUCUCAGCAUAUCUCAAGGCGGCUUUACCUCCAGACCCUAUAGAGUUAGAGUUAACUUUUUCCUUUGCAGCAAAACUCCAUUUGGAUGAAAGAUGAAUUCGGAUAUUUAUUUCCUCUUCUUUUUUGGGAAACGAGAGGUUACAAGCAAGACAGCUGAAGGAGAAUCACACACGCAUCCGUGGAAACAGCAGGGUCCUCUCGACAGGCAAGGGGAGUGGACACGGUUAAGGAUGAACGAAGAGGACACCCAGGAUACGAGGCUGUCAUUAGUUUUUCUCUGAAGUGCCUGAAGGUAGGAAUGGGCCGGGGGUUGGGACCGACGGGGCCCCUCCACGGCCAUGCCAGGCAGAGCGCCAGCGGCCCUGCACUCCAUCCACGCCGGCCGGGAAGGCCUUCCACGCGGGAUGAUGAGACUGCAAAAAUCCAGACGUGCUUCCUUCCCCGACGCGGCUCGCUCCUCAGCCGCCGUUCCCCACCCCUCGCCCCCAGUCCCACCACAGAAUCUAAGACCUUUCAGCCGGCGAGCCAGAGGCGGGGGUCCUAAGCGAAUGCCUUCCGCGGACACCAGGCCCCGCGGCCUAAAGGGCUCCCGGGGCAAACUUACUCCCCGAAAAACUUGAAGUUGGGGAUGCUGCAGCUACACAUUCCACAAAGUGCUGGCACUUAGCCCCAUAACCUGAAGGCGGUAGACCGACUCAGAGGGUGGUGACCUCCCAUUACCAACGAUGUCAUGGUUUGGAAUGUUCAUUAUGAGCCAAGGACCUGCUUAGAGGUAUAAAGACCUUUUUUCACUGUUACCUAAUUUUUUUUCCUUAAGAUUUUUUUUUUUUGGUGUGUUGUACAGCAGUAUAAUUUUUCACUUAUUUAUUCCAUCAGUAGAUAUGGUUUGUACAAUGUACAAUGGUUCCAUUUCAGAAAAUAAAAACUCAAAUCAUGAACACGA